UUCCGAAACAGUCGCUUCCUCGCACCAACCAACAAACAUGUCCGCCAACAACAUGCGUCUCCUCUGCCUGCUCUUGGCCUGCUACAUCUCGGCCAUUGCGGCCCACAGGCCCAGCUACCGCUCCGGUUCCGGCGGCUACGUGGAUGUGGUCAGGGCCGCCGAGACGGCCGAGGCACAGGCCGCUGCCCUCACCAAUGCCGCUGGCGCUGCCGCCUCUGCAGCGAAAUUGGACGGCGCCGAUUGGCAUGCCCUCAAUCGUUAUGGCUGGGAGCAGGGCCGACCUCUGCUGGCCAAGCGUUAUGGUCCCCUCGACGAUCUCUAUGCCGCCGCCCUGCCUCCACGCUCUUUCGUGGCCGAAAUCGAUCCAGUCUUCAAGAAGAGCCACUAUGGUGGAGCCUAUGGCCAGAAGAGCGUUACGCUCAACACUGGCGCCAAGGUGGCGGUCGCCGCGCUGAACUGAAGAUCCCAUGAGAUCCCAAUAGAUCGAAACCCUUAAUAAAUAGUGAUAACUUAAACAUGUAA